GCAGUUAAGGUUAAAAGGCGUGUUCAAAAAACUUCAUAUAAGGCAUCAGAAAAACUUGCCGUUAUUCAAAAAGCAAAGCAGAUUGGUGUUUUGGCUGCUUCACAUCACUUCGCUGCUGAAGAAAAGUUUAUUAUAUGGUUCAACGAACUUCGUCAAACAGGAAUUGCAGUAAUAGCAGAUUCUAUUAAAAUGAAAAUAAACACAAUUUUAUCAACAACCUGUGCAGAUAUAUAUCCAGAUGUAUCUCAACAAUUCUAUAGGACAGAAGACGAUUUAUUAUAUAAUUCAGAUAAAAAGAAUAGUGAAAUUGAUAAUAAUGAAGAUUCAGUCGAGGUAGUUGAAGAAGAUA